AUGGGAGUUGAGGUUGUUGUAGCAUCUGAUGUGGCCGCUCAAGUUCCAAUUGAUGCUGUGACCGAAGUUGAAAAGUCAAUUCUGCAUGAAAUGGAGAAUGGGGAAAUGAAUAAAGGGUCGGCACCAAAUGAGGCCAUCAAAUUCGGUUCUGAUAGAUGGGAAGUAGAGAAGGGAGUUGCGACCGAUGCAGAUACCGAAGCUCGUAGGAACGCUGUUGUUGAGUGGCCUACUAGUGACGUGGUCCCUGUUUUCUACUUCCCAAAGAUAUUGAAGGCCGAUAAUUCGAGAUAUAGGCUCCAAAUUGAAGAAGUUGAUAGGGAGAUAACAAAGAAUCAUGAGUCUUGGUAUCAGGCUAGGGAUCGUCUGAGACCCUUAAAGGAUGCUCGAUCAGUGGUGGUUGGCGAGCUGAAGGAAUUAAGAACUCGGUUCUAUGACCUAAAGGACAUCAUGGGCGAAAAGAGAAAGGAAAUGCAGCCUCUGCAGCAGGCAUUGGGGAAGUUCCGAAACAAUAGUAAUGGUCAUGGUGGUGUAUUCACAUCAGAGGAAGAGCUCGAUGAAGCUAUACGCCGCUUGCAGUACUACAUUCAGCAUGAAAGCAUCCCGUUGUCCGAGGAAAAGCAAGUACUCAGAGAAAUAGCACAGCUAAAGGGACAAAGACCAAAUAUUAUUGCCAAUGUUGCCAUGAGAGCGAAGAUUCAGGAAUCAAUGGGUCAGAAAGAUGACAUUCAAGAUCAGGUCAAACAUAUGAAUGUUGAUUUCGAUGGACUGAAGAAGGAGCGUGAUGCAAUGUCGGAGAAAAUUAAAAAACUGAAUGCAAAAGUUGAAGCUUUAGACGAAGAGAUUAAAGUUAUCGAGGAGGAACAAACAGCUAUUAGGCUGAAGCGGGAUGAGCUUCUUGUGCGGCUUGGAAAAUUAAGGGCACUAAGUGAUGAAUUGAACGCACCACAUCUUGCUUUGCGUGGGAUCCUGAACCAAGCAAAACAACUUGCUGAUAAAAAGGAUGCACAGGGUAUUCAGCAGCUUGCAAAUGCAGAGAUGGAGAAGUUUAUGUUGCAAUGGCGCGAGAAGGCCUUUAGGGACGAUUACGAGAAGCGACUUAUGUGGAAUGAGUCCCUUGACAAACGAAAAUUGACUCGGGAUGGCCGAACGAGGAACCCCGAUGAGAAGCCUAUAGCGGUAGUCAUGAGACCUGCCCCUUCCCAGGUUGAACCGUUGGUCAAGCCCCUUAAAAGGCCCGAGGAAUCUUUGCCUGCUAAAAAGGUCCAGAAAAAGACGGAGCAAAUCGAGGAAGCCGAGGAUGAGGUGGCAGGAUUAGAAAAGAUACAACAAAAGACUUUACCACAGGUUGAUGCAGCGAAGUUGAAGGAAAUGAAAAGAGAAGAGGAGAUAGCGAAAGCUAAGCUAGCCAUGGAGAGGAAGAAGAAGCUGGCUGAGAAAGCUGCUGCUAAAGCUGCCAAGAGGGCUGAGAAGGAAGCCGAGAAGAAGCUCAAGGACCGGGAAAAGAAAUUGAAGAAGAAAACCGCAGGCUCUGGACCGUGGAACGAGGAGGAUAAAGUAGGCGAAGAAUCUGUGGAGGAAUCAGAACCGGAAGAAACGAAGGGGGCUGCUGCCCCUGUCCCUGUGAAAGAGCAAGUUAAGAAGGAGAAUCCUGCCAGGUACAGGAACCGACCCAGGAGCUUGGAAGCGGUACCCAGAGCUCUUCUGAAGAAGAAGAAGUCGAUCAACUACUGGUUGUGGGCUGCUCCUGCUGCCUUGCUAGCUGUUUUCUUGGUGUUCCUUGCGUGCUGCUGUCUUCUCUAA